GACAUGGACCUUUACAGCAUCAACUACCUGCACUUCGGGGAGCCCAAAACGUGGUACGCGGUGCCCCCAGAGCACGGCCAGCGCCUGGAGCGCCUGGCCAGGGAGCUUUUCCCGGGCAGCUCUCGGGGCUGCGAGGCCUUCCUGCGGCACAAGGUGGCCCUCAUCUCGCCCACUGUCCUCAAGGAGAACGGGGUCCCGUUCAGCCGCAUCACUCAGGAGGCUGGAGAGUUCAUGGUGACCUUUCCCUAUGGCUACCACGCUGGCUUCAACCAUGGCUUCAACUGUGCGGAGGCCAUCAACUUUGCCACCCCGCGAUGGAUCGACUAUGGCAAAGUGGCCUCUCAGUGCAGCUGCGGGGAGGCCCGGGUGAGCUUUUCCAUGGACGUGUUCGUGCGCCUCCUGCAGCCCGAGCGCUAUGAGCUGUGGAAACGCGGGCAGGAC